CCGCGAUGCGUUAGAACGCAGGUCCCGCCCCGAGGCGGGCGCGUCUGGCCACGCCCCUUCGUUGGGGGCCUAGUCACGCCCCCAAAGGAAGCUCCGCCCCAUACCCGUGGCCACUAAAAAACCGCGGGAAGCAGGAAAGAGCACAACAGGUUUCUCUCUAUUUCCGGUGUAUUGUAGCCUCACGUUUCCGGAGCUCGGAGUUGCUCUUGUGUUCUCGCGAGAGGCGGGAAAGGGCGCAGGGUUUGAAACAUGGCGGACGACGUAGACCAGCAACAAACUACCAACACUGUAGAGGAGCCCCUGGAUCUUAUCAGGCUCAGCCUAGAUGAGCGAAUUUAUGUGAAGAUGAGAAAUGACCGAGAGCUUCGAGGCAGAUUACAUGCUUAUGAUCAACAUUUAAAUAUGAUCUUGGGAGACGUGGAAGAAACUGUGACUACUAUAGAAAUUGAUGAAGAAACAUAUGAAGAGAUAUAUAAAUCAACAAAACGGAAUAUUCCAAUGCUCUUUGUCCGGGGAGAUGGCGUUGUCCUGGUUGCCCCUCCACUGAGAGUUGGCUGAAACAAAUAAUUUGUCCUGUAUGGAAAACAGGAGACUUUGUACAGUGGCCUUUCUAAAUGUACAAAACAUUCGAAAGAGAAACCUGCAUACAUUUUGAUAUUAAGAAAUAAUUCUGGGGAUUCUUCCACGCCUGAAAUGAGUUGAUUUGCAGAUAACUCACAACUUCUUAAGUGAAAUGGUAUUUUCAUUUUUCUUAAGCUCUUCCAAUAAAUAUGACCACCAAGAUGCAGAA